CGCGGCGCGCAAGCGCGCGGGGCGGUCCCGAAGCGAGUUCUGCGCCGGGACGCUCUGGAGGGAGGUGGCUGCAGCGCUGGACGGGCGGCGGCGUUUCCACGUGCUCCUUGCGGCGGGUUGAAACCUUUGGCGGGCGCUGGCUGAGAGGUCAAGACUUCAAACCUAUCUUGGAUAGAGAAUACUUAACCAUUUAGCUAAAAAUGGUGUUUUUUACAUGCAAUGCAUGUGGUGAAUCAGUCAAGAAAGUACAAGUGGAAAAGCAUGUGGCUGUUUGCAGAAACUGUGAAUGCCUGUCUUGCAUUGACUGCGGUAAAGAUUUCUGGGGCGACGACUACAAAAACCACGUGAAGUGCAUCAGUGAGGAACAGAAGUAUGGUGGCAAAGGUUAUGAAGGUAAAACCCACAAAGGCGACAUUAAACAGCAGGCAUGGAUUCAGAAAAUUAAUGAGUUAAUAAAAAGACCCAACGUCAGCCCCAAAGUGAGAGAACUUUUAGAGCAAAUUAGUGGUUUUGACAACGUUCCCAGGAAAAAGGCAAAAUUUCAGAACUGGAUGAAGAACAGUUUAAAAGUUCAUAAUGAAUCUGUUCUGGAGCAGGUGUGGAAUAUCUUUGCUGAAGCUUCCAGUAAUGAAGCAGUCAGUAAGGGUCAAGACCGGCAGCCCCUCGCCCAGGCAGCGAGCCCGCCCCGCGCAGAGCUUUCCGCCAAGGUGCCAGCCUCUGGGACAAAUGACAGCACAGAAAAACAAGCAGAGGUGAAGAAGAAUAAAAGAGAAAGGAAGGAAGAAAGGCAGAAGAAUAGGAAAAAAGAGAAGAAAGAACUGAAAUUAGAAAACCACCAAGAGAAUUCAAAGAAUCAGAAGCCAAAGAAGCGCAAGACAGGCCGGGAGGCCGAAGGGGAGGCCCUGGGCUCUGCAGGGAAGAAGAGCCAGACCAAGGCUGGUGAGGCCGAGGGGGCCGCUGACAGGGCUGAGGAUGGAGCUGGGGCCUGCGCGGGAGACGCCGAGGAGGAGCCCACGAAAGCCCGGCCUGGGAAGAGAAAGCAGAAGCACUUGGAAGAUGACGCAGAUUCUAAGAAGAAAAAGAGAAAGUUCUCAGAACCCCCUGAGGGCGGAGAACCAGAAAACUGUGAGGCUCCUACAAAAGGUAAAUUCAACUGGAAGGGAACGAUUAAAGCAGUUCUGAAACAGGCCCCAGACAAUGAGGUAGCCGUCAAAAAGCUAAGGAAAAAGGUUCUAGCUCAGUAUUACGCGGUGACGGAUGAACAGCACAAAUCUGAAGAGGAGCUCCUCACCAUCUUUAACAAGAAAAUCAGCAAGAACCCCAGCUUUAAGUUAUUAAAGGACAAAGUCAGGCUUUUGAAAUGAACAUUUUUAUAUUUAAAUCUGAAUCCGUUCUAUUGAUUUCUUUCACUGCUGUUUAUAAAACAUGUAAUGAAUUGUAACAACUCCCAGUUUUGCUUUCCAAAGCUGUAUUUUUAAGUUAAGGAAAAAGUCUAUUUUUGGUAGAACUUUUAUGAGAAAAUAUAUUCUUAUCCAUAAUUUUAAA